GCAAGUCUUGCCAAAAGUGAAAUGUCAAGUAACAUUAAUUCCUUGUCUGUAGUUUACUGUCACUGUCUUUUGUUGAAUUAUUUGGUAAAAUACAUUACAUUCUUGAGUAUCACUACAAUCAAUCAAGGUCGUGACAAUUUGUUAAUGUAAAACCUUCGAUGAAUGGCUCUUCGUCUUGUCGGUCACAACUGAACUGUCGAAUCAGCUGUCUUCAAACUGAGACCGUGAUAAAAUUGACGAGUUAGCCAGCUAGCUAGCUUUUGGACGAAAUUUUGUUAAAUCACAAGCUUCUGUGUUUUAUUUCGAUGUUGUGACGGAAACAGCUGUCUCUGCUUCUCACAACUGCUUAGGUUAUUUUUAACUGCAUUGUAUUUGCGGUCAUUUUAUAAUUCAAACGGGGAGAUCAAUUGGAGAAAAGUGUGAAGGGGCUGGUUUGAUGUGCAAGGCACUGCGAGAGGAGGCACCAUGAGUGGGGAGCUGGAUGCACUGACUGUGGUGAACCAGCUACGAGAUCUUGCAGCUGACCCCCUCAACAGACGAGCCAUAGUACAGGACAACGGCUGCUUACCGGGGCUCAUCCUCUUUCUGGACCACCCCAACCCUCAGGUCGUAUACUCAGCAUUAUUGGCGGUGCGCUACCUGGCAGAAUGUCGGUCCAACAGAGAGAAGAUGAAGGGAGAGCUGGGCAUGAUGCUGAGUCUGCAGAAUGUCAUGCAGAAGAGCACCUCCCCAGGGGAGACCAAGCUGCUGGCAUCUGAGAUUUAUGAGAUUCUGCAGGCGGCUGGUAAUGACCAGGCAGAGCAGGCCGAGGCUGAGGCUGCCUCCUGCAGACGCAAGGCCCACUUCUUCCUGGGCUCCACCAACAAGAGGGCCAAGACUGUGGUGCUGCACAUCGAUGGCCUGGACGACUCAACUCGUAGAAGUCUGUGUGAGGAGGCCCUGUUGAAGAUCCGAGGGGUGAUCAGCUUCACCUUCCAGAUGGCUGUGAAGAGGUGUGUGGUCAGGAUCCGCUCUGACCUCAAGGCUGAGGCACUAGGCACGGCGAUCAACUCCACCAAGGUGAUGAAGGCUGCACAGGUGGUGAAGGGAGAGGAUGGAGGAGAGCUGAUGCUUCCAUUCCAGGAGGGUGCGGAGGUGGUGGUGGAGCACAAUGUGGACAUCCCAGACUACCUCCCCGAGGAGGAAAGCCCGUCUCAGGAGCAGGACAAGGCCGUGACCCGCGUGGGCUCCAUCACAGACGGCGUGGGCUGGCUCAGCACCGCCGCCAACUUCCUGUCCCGCUCCUUCUACUGGUGACCACUUCCUGUGUCAGUCCCCAUCGUCACAACCCGAUACCACCAACUGACGGUCGAUCGCUUAGGCCACCAGCCCUGCCCCUUCCCCAGUCAUCCAGCUCUUCUACUCUCUAGUCCCUCUCAGCAGCCACACAGAGUACAACUCUGCUCAGUGUGUCUAUAAGGAGCACUGGACUGCCAAGCACAACCUACAUUGGGUUGCAAAAUUCCGGGAACUUUCAAUAAAUUCCCUGGUUUUCCCGAAAUCCCGGUUGGAGGAUUCCCAGAAUCAGGAGGGAAGAAGCUGGAAAGCCGGUAGCCUCCAACCAGGAUUUCUGGAAAACCAGGGAAUUUACUGAGAGUUGCUGGAAACUUGCAAUCCUGAACCUGCAAUAACCUUCACUUGUAUAUAAGAGGAAAUAAGCUAAGAACAUGCUAGCUACUGUACCACAGGUAAAGUGCUGCACACUAAAUACACUCAGUCAAUCCUUACACAUUAUGCACCUCACAAGCCGUCGAUGGAGGACUUCAGAAUCUUCUUUUCCAAUAGAAAAUGAGUUUUCUCUGAUGCCUGAUGGGUCCAUCAUCUCUUUGAAACCAAAUUGCAUUGUGGGAAUGCAUGGCGCUGCUUAGUCUUCUGAGUUUGAGCGAUUGCAUUAGAUGACGCUGCGCUUGUGGAAAUAGGAGUUUCUUUUUGUGCAUGAGUUUGAGUGCUCUCCUUUGUCUUUUCCUCAUUUUUAAAAAUAAGCUUUUUUCACCCUUUUCUGUCUUUUUGCCAAUAAUCCCUCAUUCACUUUUCGUUCCCCCACGUGGGGGGCCUGUUUAAAGCAUGCUGUAAUUCUGUUUUGUGUGUGCCGAUCUUGCUUGUUGCCUUUUCUUCAUUUUUUGUUUAAAUCUCAAUCCUUUGUGUGUGCCUUUUUGAUGCUUUGCUGCAAUUUAUUACUAUUUAGUGGUCCAUUUGAACUUCGCUCAAAACCUCUGAAGCCUUGUGAAUAAUGCAAUCUCAGUCCUCUAUAUUGGGAUUUUGUUUCCCCUAGCAGCUCAUGUCUCUCACAGGGAGAUGUGUCAUAUUUGUCGUAAGGAAACGAGACACCAGCGAAGACUGGGGCCCAGUCAGUCAGUCAAAUGACACUAGCUUCCCCAUAGAGGACUGUUGAUGCAGAAAGAAAAGGGAAAUUGUGGUGAUUACUGUUUAUACUAUAGACAUCUGCAUUGGUCCGCUCAUUACCUCUUGUUAGUCUCGCCUAGGACUUGGGAAUCCCUUGGUUGAACAGUACAGUAGAGUAGAAGUGUGUUCAGACAGAUCAUUGUUGAUGUUGAAGUUGUGAUGCAUUGACUGACAUCCUGACAUUACUUCUUAGUUCUUUCCCCUUCAUCAAGGUUUUCAUAUAGCAUUAUCAUAUGGCCUUCUGAAAGGUCUGAGAGUAGUCAACCUGGCCUAAAUCAUUGUGAUGGAGAAACCAUCUCAGGGCUUGAUAGCCGCCUGCCAAAUGUGUCUCUCACCCUAAAGCUCAUCAACAUCUUCACUAUUGUGGCCCAGCCACUUUAAAUGUUUAUUUUACCCCCUUUAGCCAGCAGUGUCCUUUAAAACAAAUUACACACACACAUACACACACACACACACACACACACACACACACACACACUCACACCAUUGCUGCUGAGAGGAAGACAGUAGAGGUUUAAGCAGCAUCAGGGGUGUGGAUAUGUACAUUUGUAAAUGGUCUCUGGUCUCCUAGUUAUAUUAAUCACAGUCCUUAUUUCAGGAAGAAAUCAUGUUUUUUUUUCUUCUGUUCGACAGUUAAACUUUGUCUCCAUUUUACUUUGUUGUUGAAGGAUGCCAUGGAAUAUAAUUUAAAUGUAGAUAAUACCCUUUAUCAAGAGGCUUUGACUAAUGUCAGAAACACUAAAGUACGAUGAUACUGUAGGUUCUUGCAGAGAUCCGUUUUUGGAUUGACUUCAUUUUCUUUUGAGAGCCCUUUCUUGCCUGUAAUCCCUUCUUCACGAUCUCAUCUGAUUAGCAUCUGAUUUGAGUGUGAUUGACAUGCAUUGUGUAAAGGAAGUGCCGACCAGACAAUGAAUAGUUCUCCUUCUGGAGGCCAAACUCCCAGCUCACAUGGCUAGUAGAAUAGCAUGAUUAAAAUGACCUCACAAAGAAUUAGCCUAAUAACAUAUAUCCACUAAAGUCAGUGUCUCUUAUCUGUCACCAGCCUUCAAAAGUAGUGCUUACGAACAACAACAACAACAACAACAACAAGUCAUAGGAUGAAGUUGAGAAAUCAUCAGUAUUAUAUUUAAUCCUAAUCCUUAAUCAGUCAAAAUUCACGCCAUGGAAAAAUAAUUAUAUUAUAUGUUACACCUCUUGUACUGUUUAUCAUAAAUACUUGAACACGUUUCUUUGUCUGUUUUAAAUCCCCCAUGUGAUAUGCAGUUAGUUUUUAAUCUCAACCUAUCCUUUAAUAGCCACUACAUCAGGAUGGCUGACAGAAUCGUGUAGCAAAUCCUCAGUAUAGUAGCUUUUUCUCAUAUACAGUGUUUAUCUGCCGUCUAAUGUAAUAUAAUGUAUUGCAGAUCUCAAAACGGUUGAUUCCCAAUUCCAUAUUAAGGCAAAUAUUAAAAAGAACUACAAUUGCAA